GUUCUCGUGAGAGUUUUUCAUCAAAUUAUAAAAUCUUCAUUUUUCCAUUUAUAAACGAAAAUCAAAAGUUUAGAGGACUAUUUGCGAAAGGGGUGCGAGCGAACAACGUACCCCGUGGACAGUCCACGGUGGGGAACCACAUCGAGAGGGUUUCACGAAGCCUCUCGACGAGUAGGAAGUAUAUGGCCGCUACCACGUACAUGCCGGUUAGUAGCGCAGUGUCUACCGACCUGGAUGGUGGUUCAGGUACAACGAUCGGGAUGAACAUCGCCGUAGGUGGCUAUUCCUCGGGCUCGCCCCGCAGCGCCGCCGACGCUGGGGAAAUGAAGUACAUGACGGCGCCGCAGCAUCAUCACCACCAUCACCAUCACCAUCAGGUGUCGUCUUCGCCGUCGCCAAACGGACUUUCCCAUCCGGCGAGUCUGUCGUCGGCGAAUCCUUGGGUGAACUUACAACCUGGUAGCGAUCCUUGGGCGGCCUCGAUGGGUAUGCACCAUACUAGCCAUCAUCCACAUCACCAUCCCCAUCAGGCAAACACGAGUCUUGAUGUGAAGCCGUUGACCGCUGCGGCCGCGGCGACUGCGACGGAUCAGGGUAUGCACCAUCGAGGGCCGCAUCAGUCCCCGGGCAUGGCCUCACCGCACUCUUGGCAUGCACCGGUUGUCCCGUCGGCGCAUUAUAAUCCCAGCGGUGGCGCGGCCUCGCCCACCACCCUCCAACAGUACCAUGCAGCGAUGAACGGUAUGCUGCAUCAACACCCACAUCAACAUCCACAUCAGCUACACAAUCAUCAGACCGGUUUACCUCACCACUUGAGGGACGCGCACAAUCAUAGUCCACCGUCGGGGCAUCCUUUGCACGCGGGUCAUCCUCUCGAUAGGGAUCACAGCGCCGGCGAGGAGGACACGCCGACAUCGGACGAUCUCGAGGCCUUCGCCAAGCAAUUCAAGCAACGGCGCAUCAAACUCGGCUUCACCCAGGCGGACGUCGGUCUCGCGCUCGGUACUCUCUACGGCAACGUCUUCUCGCAGACGACAAUAUGUAGGUUCGAGGCUCUACAGUUGAGCUUUAAAAAUAUGUGCAAGCUGAAGCCGCUGCUGCAGAAGUGGCUCGAGGAAGCGGACUCGACGACUGGAUCGCCGACGAGCAUCGACAAGAUUGCUGCCCAGGGUAGGAAGCGAAAGAAGAGGACGUCGAUUGAAGUGUCAGUAAAGGGUGCGCUCGAGCAACACUUCCACAAACAGCCAAAACCGUCGGCUCAGGAAAUCACCUCGUUGGCGGACUCGUUGCAACUUGAGAAGGAAGUGGUCAGGGUGUGGUUCUGUAAUCGGCGGCAAAAGGAAAAGAGGAUGACGCCGCCAAAUACCCUCGGCGACGGUAUGAUGGAGGGUAUGCCACCGGGCCACCAAAGUCAGGGCGGCCUCCACCAGGGUUAUCAUCCUCAGGAUCACCUACACGGCUCGCCUAUGGGUCACAGCCACAGUCCACCAAUGCUUAGCCCUCAGGCCCUCACGGCCCAUUCGCUUGCGGCCCACUAGCGUUCGCCGGGGCCUCCCCCGUUGGGCCUCGCGGUAACCUCGCAGAACUCGGCGAAUGUGUCGUCAACGGCAGAGACGACGACCCUGCCGCCAUUCUAUCAUCACUACCUUCAGGCACGCACCGGCAGUUACACGACCUCGUAGCUGACCGACUCGCGGCGCCUUUUCUAUCUAUCGGACAGCGGCGCUCGUUACCGAGACGAGGGUACGGAAUGGUGGCUCGUUCGACGAGGUUCAACGGGGUUUAACGAGGCCGAGACCGGUCCACCGGGGAGGCUGAGGAGCUGACGCGCACGGUCGGUAUUUUUUUGUCGACCUUGACCGCGCACAUAAACCUGGAGAGAGGAUGAAAGCUGCGGAUGGAACAGACAGAACAAGAGAAAUACAGAAUAAAAGAGAGGACAUGUUGCCGUGACUAUCGCGGCCGUCGGCGAACAUUAUGAUCAUUCUUCGCUCGAGUUCUUCAAAAUAUCUUCGUCAUUGAAAACUCAUCGUCAUCGCCGUCAUCGUUAUUUCGUCGUUGCUCACACGGCUCCAGAUAUUUAUCGUCCAACGAUGAUAUCCCAGUGAUAAGUGAAAUGUCUUCAUCGUGCUUUUCGCAACGCGACGCAAGAGGAGCUGCCAGUGGCGUUCUCUCGAAGGGUAUCAUAGAUGGACGUGGUGAUGACGUUCCUCCUUCGCGCGGCUAGGUCGGGGCCCGUUCGUCCGUUCGUUAAGUCCGAGUUGGAUUGCGAACCUUGUUGGCUGUUUGCUGUUGUUGUUGUUGUUAUUUCAUCAUCGUCGGUGAGCGGAAGUGAUUAACUCAGCGGUCUCCGACGGGGACCCAAGAAAGGAUGGUUAAAUAACGAGGUGCGCGAUCGCAAAGUGGACUCGAGUGAGGGUGCGGUUAAAAAGAAUCGAGGUGUUCUCUGUCUCUCGCUCACAAACAAAGCGGAAAUAUCGGACACGAAACACGCAUUGCAAGGAUGCCUUUUCGAGCGCGUGCGAUUUUCCCUUAUCUCCCGCGGGGUCCGAAAUUCGCGACGGACGAACGGGCGUCAAGAAAAGAACAUACGUAAGGAGUGAGUGCUGUGUUCGCGCGGGAUUUGCUCGAAGCAAACCCAGCGGAUGAUGUAACAUAAGUAAAUAUGGAUUGUAAAUAAUGUACUAGAUAAAGCUAGUAAGUUAAGUGAAAGAGAGAGCAUGAAUCGUCGUCGUCAUUGUCGACAACAAGCGAAAAGAACAGACGCGGGAGCUGGAAUAAACGGAGGAAGGAAAUAUAAAGAGAAUUUUUCGAGAGGAGGGAGACAAGGAAUAUGCAGCGCGACAAAGUAAAAAAAAAAAAGAGGAACAGUUUAUAUACAUAUAUAAAGGGACAGGGUGCACAUCGAAGAGAGACCGUGUAUUGGAAAAGCGCGUGCGAAAUCUUAGCGAGACAGCAAGACAGUUCCCCCUCACGCGAAAAACCCCUACUGUAUAAAGAUUUCCUGCCCUCGGAUUGCCGAUCGUCCCGCGGACCCAUUUUCGGAUCCACCGAACUCAACGAUCGGCUCAUCGACUCGGCCGCCGCCGCUCUGCCGGACUUAGUCGGGGCCCCCGAAGAAGCAUCUAGCCGUCAAGGAUCGGUCAUCAGGACUUUCGGGACGUCCGGGACAAGUCGUCCGUCGAUCGCGCGCAGUCAGGAUACUCGGGCGAACCUAAAUAUCGUCGGAUUUGAGCUUACAGAGUUGUCUCGCAUCGUCCUCCUGCAAGCAAUCGUUCCAGAAUCCAGUCCCAGCCAGGCAUCGUGUCAGUGUGUGGAAAUACAUAAUUAUAUAGAAUUACGGUAUAAGUUGUGUUAAAUCAAUGUUAAUCGCUGUAGCGAAGUGGGGUAUUAUAAUAAAUACAUUAUUUUAUGUA